AUGGAUCGAUUUCCCAAAUUUGACAUGGUAGUGGAAGCGCCGGUUCUGCUCAAAAUGUGGUACAACGACCUCAAUACGUUUCACAAAAGAGACCUCAACAAAUAUGUAGGGGCCUUAACAGAACUCAUUAACAUGGUCGGGUGGCCUGAGUUGAUUAAAGUCCUCACAGGUUAUUGGGACAACGAGAAAAUGGUGUUCCGAUUUGGAACCAUGGUAAUCACCCCGACAAUUGAGGAAAUCCGGGACGAAAUAGACACAGUCGGUACAGGGCUUGAAGGAAGAGUGAGAAAAUGGGAAAACAUCUUAAUCCCUAACAAGCCUACCCUCGAGGAUAUUGUAAACUGGCUCGAAUUAAGAAAAGAUUGUGCUUACUGGGCCGAAGGUUCUAGCAUUUCUUUCAUAGAUCUCUAUGUUAGAUUCGGGGAUGCGAGCUUUUAUGCGAAUUACAACCAAGAGUUCAGGGUCACUUUUAGAGAAUGGGACUGGAUCAAACCUUUGGCAUUCACCGUCGCACUAUUGGGCACCAUGGUUUUUCCACACAGCCCGAGCCUCAACAUCAACACCCGAGUGAUAAUGCUUGCACACACUCUGUUCCACGGGCAUCUGAACCAAGGGCAAGUAAAGUAUUAUCCUAUCGCACCUGUCAUCCUUUCUGACAUGUACUGUGCUUUGGGAAAAUGCAAGGAAGGGUAUCGUUACUUUCAGGGUUGCAACCUUCUUCUUCAAUGGUGGAUAAUGAGUCACUUGGUGAACAGACACGGAACUCAAGAACUCCAUACCAUUGAUGAGCAUAAUGCUCUUAAGAGUUUGAAUGGCAUGCUAUUCUGGGCAGACUGA